CCCGAAAGGAAGAUGUCCGCCUUCCUAGGUCUGCGCGGGAGCGGAGACCGCGCACCUGGGGCCCGAGUCCCAGCCCUUCUGAAAGAAAGCAACUGUGAUAAGAGGCCGGAAAGAGGGAGUCCAUGCCAGGUCCUGUCACUGAGAAUGGCCCGUUUGACAGAAACCUGUUCAAGAGCUUCAGGGCAGAGGCAGAAGAUUCUAGAAAGGCGGAAGUUCUCACCUGAGGCAGUUCUUGGUUCCCUGCGUAGCAUGAGUGAACCUUCACAGGCUUAUAGUCUCCUCGAAGAGCAGCAGAAAAUGAACAUGGCUCAGAUGUCUCCACACUUGGCAUUCAACUUCAAAUGUCUGUGUGACGCCUUGGUUUUUCUUCCCACUUGCAUGUAGCUUCCAGUGACUCUACUGGAUUGUAAUCAAAUCUGACCUUCACCAAAAUAUGUUGCUGAAGGGAUCCGUGUCAUUCGAGGAUGUGACCGUGGAGCUCACCCGGGAGGAGUGGCGGCAGAUGGGCCCUGGGGAGCGGAGCCUAUACAGGGACAUGAUGCUGGAGAAUUACGGCCACCUCGUUGCAGUGGGGUGUUGCAUUACCAAACCCAAGGUUAUCCUCAAGUUGGAGCAAAGAGAAGAACCAUGGUCCCUAGAGGUCAAAUUCCUAAACCAGAAGUACCCAGGAUAUUAUAAAAUUUAUGACAACAUAAAAGAGAUCCAGGAAAAACAAAAGAAGCCUCUGUGUCAAGUAAUAUUCAUUGAUGACAAUGAUAAAACAUUGAGUAAAGAAGAAGAGAAAGCACACCUCAUUCAAUAUCAGAGGACUCAUUCAGGGGAGAAACUUCAGUAUGAAGAAUGUGGGUAAUCCUUUUGUAUAAGUUCACACUCUAUUCAGCAUUCUGGAGCUUAUGUGGGAUUCAAACUUUAUGAAUGUAAUGAAUGUGGGAAAACAUUCUGUCAGAAGUCAAACCUUAGUGAACAUGUGAGAAUUCACACAAAGGAGAAAACUUAUGGUAACAAUGACUGUGGGAAAUCUUACAGGUCGCCCCUUAUAGGACAUCAGAGAACAGAAACAAAGAUGAAACUCGGUGAAGGCAGUGAA